UGAACUCUCAAAUCCCUCCACUGCCGCGCAGAUGAUACAGGAUGCACUUGAGACCCUGAAAGCUGAGCUGGUAAUAAUGCGAAACGAGAAAACAUACAUGGAAGCACUGUUAAGUUCAGUGGAGAGUGCAAUUGAAGAACAUAAGAGAGCUGUUUCGAUGUAUAAAGCCAUACAAAAACUUGCUGAUGAUUUGCUGGACGUUGUACUGGAAGCGGGAGGUGAUCAUAACAACUGUCAGGAGCUUGACGAGGAAACCAUGCAGAAACUGGUCGAGGAAGCUAUAAGCGACUUUAAUGAAGCAUUGAACCAAGCUCAAUCUCGCCGGACCAGCCCCGCAGAUGGCGGAAACAGCGGAGGGGAUGAUAGCAUCUCUGGUGAUUAUAACAAUCUUGAUAGAACCAAUAUUAAUUCUGGAAAUGAUACCCGUGGAAGCGGUGGUAGCCACGAUUAA